AUGAACAUACUAAAACUGACACUUAUACUCGCGUACUUCAACACAGUUCAGACAUAUCUAUUGGGAUCCUUACUGGACAAUGAUUUGAUAAGAGACGAAAGUGACAAUCUGGACGACAUGGAUCAUUUAAUAUUAGAAGACAAAAAUAAAGUUAACCAAAAAAGAACUUAUAGCUCAGAUAUUUUAGUAGUUUCUAGACAAAGUUCAGUAUGUCCACAAUCGGAAGACGGACGUUUUCAGUUUAUCUGUCCAUCUUCACGCCAUUCUGGCACAACUCGUUGUGUAGACGACCACCAAAUAUGUAACGGUAGGAGAGACUGCCCAAAUCAUGAAGACGAGAAUCCAACAAUGUGCCUUUUCUACCAAGUGGUCCAGUCUCAAAUAAAGAUGGUAACAAAUGUUAUGUUGGCGAGAGGGAAGUGAUACCAAAUCCUAUGCUUGAUAGGUGUCGCUGCGGUACAACAUCAUGGACAAGAAAGUAGCUAUCAUCCGGUUACGUGCCAGGACUCGGGAUAUAGUAGCUAAUCUUGAAAUAUAUAAAAAUCAAUGAACUCCUUUAACUUCUCUCACUUCUACCAAAAAUAAAAUGAGAACUGGAUAAUCAAAAAUAGAUAAUUCAAAGGAAGACAAGUGGCGAUCAAGAAUUUACAAACAUAUGACUUAUAACCCCUUUUACAUUUAGAAUAUGAUGUCAAGGUGUACAAACGUACUCUUUGCCGCCAUUUCAAUAUUUUUCGAAAGAGCAUAUAAAAGUCAUGGAUUAUUGUGAGUGAAAAAUGUCU